AUGGACUUCCGACAACUUUCAAAUUACAUUGUUUUACAAAUUGCUAACGGGUUCGUGUUGCUUUUUGAUUAGUUGAGGGGUGGGAACGGUACGUAAAGGUAGGGUUAUUGAUAUACACCAAACGGUAAAUUUUUUAAUGUUAAAAGGGGGAUUGGGGGCGGGGUAACUGUGCGUGUAUAAAAUUAGGAGUGGGGGAGGUUACCAUACUAAUUGUUUUUAUUUUUUUUGAUCUUGCAGUUUUGAAUUUAGUGUUGUACUAAAGAAUUAUAUCUUGUAUUUCGGGGCUAAGCCGGGCGUAAGCAAAAUUCAAGCUGUCGGGCCUAGUUUUUGGCUUGCGGGACUGGCUAAGAAUUCGGUAUUUGUUAGGCUAAGCUGUACUACUAAGGCUAAGGCUAAGGCUAAGGAAAAGAGAAAGGUUAAAGGCCAUGCUGAUGCUGAUGCUGAUGCUCAUCCUCACGCUCAUGCUCAUGCUCAUGCUCAUGCUCAUGCUCAUGCUCAUGCUCAUGCUCAUGCUCAUGCUCAUGCUGAUGCUCAUCCUCACGCUCAUGCUCAUGCUCAUGCUCAUGCUCAUGCUCAUGCUCAUGCUCAUGCUCAUGCUCAUGCUCAUGCUCAUGCUCAUGCUCAUGCUCAUGCUCAUGCUCAUGCUCAUGCUUAUGCUCAUGCUCAUGCUCAUGCUCAUGCUCAUGCUCAUGCUCAUGCUCAUGCUCAUGCUCAUUUUCGUUGCCUUGCUGUUUCUUUUUUCAUGCAUCUUCAUUAUAAAUCAAAAAAAUAA